GGCAGGAUGAAGCGGGCGAGCCGGGCCGCGCCGGGCUGCCUGGCCGUGCUCGGGCUCUUGCUGCUGGGCGCCCUGCUGGGGCUCUGGACGGUGCUUCUGCAGCGGGAGGCGGCGGCGCAGCGGGCGCCGGAGCCGCGCCUCCGCCCGGAGCCGCCCGGCCGGCGGCCGCCCCCGGGGCCGUGGGGCUGGGGGCGCUCCCCGCCGGCGCGGGGCGAGUCCCGCAGCGGGCAGAAAACUUUCCGCGCGCUGCUGGCGGUGCCGGGCCGGCAGGAGCGGGCGGCCGAAGGGUGGUCCCCUCCUCCCGUCUCGCCGCUGCCGGCAGGAGCCGCCUCUCCGGUGCAGCGCGGCAUCUUCUGGAGCCGGGAGCUGGAAGAGCAGGUGCCGCCGGGCUUCGCGGCGGAGGAGGCGGCGGCGUGGCUGUCGGCGGCCCGCGCCGCCCGCGUGGCCUCGCUGGAGCGGGGCGGCUGCGGGCGCAGCUCCAACCGGCUGGCGCGGCUGUCGGACGGGAGCCGCGCCUGUGUCCGCUACGGCAUCAACCCGGAGCAGAUCCAGGGCGAGGCGCUCUCCUACCACCUGGCCGGGGUGCUGGGCAUGCAGGAGCGCCUGCCGCCCAUGGCGCUGUCCCUCGUGGAGCCCCGCGGGCGGCAGUGGGAGCCGGUGCGGGAGGAGCUGCGCGGCUCGCAGUGGGCCGAGGGCGCCGUGGUCAGCCUCACCCGCUGGGUGGACAACCUCACCGACGUGGUGGCCCCCGCGCCCUGGGGCACCGAGGCGGGCGCCGGCCGGUGGCUGCAGCCGCUCUCGGCGGGGGAGCUGGGCUCCCUGCCGCCCUCGCAGCUGGUGGAGCUAGUGCAGUGGAGCGACCUCAUCCUCUUCGACUACCUGACGGCCAACUUCGACCGCCUGGUGAGCAACCUCUUCAGCCUGCAGUGGGACCCGCGCGUCAUGCGCCGUGCCACCAGCAACCUGCUCCGCGCCCCCGACGGCGGGCUCGUCUUCAUGGACAACGAGGCGGGGCUGGUGCACGGCUACCGCCUCCUCGCCACGUGGGACCCCUACAACGAGCCGCUGCUCCGCUCCGUCUGCGUCUUCCGCGAGGGCACGGCGCAGCGCGUCGCCGAGCUCCACCGCCGCCGCAGCGCCGCCGCCGAGCUGCGCCGCCGGUACCGGGCGCGGGAGCCGCUCUGGGCGCGCCUCGGCUUCCUCUCCGAGCGGCAGGCGGAGCUGCUGCAGGCCCGCAUCGACUUCGUGCACCGCCACAUCGCCCACUGCCGCGCCCAGGCCGCCGCGCUCUGAGGGGCCCCGGCG